AUGCGAGGCCUCCUCCUUGUCCUCGCCGAGCCUGGCACCUCCGUUCCUGUGGCCGAAUUCAACGACUGGUACGACGACGAACACGUCCCCCUGCGCAUCCCCAUCCCGGCCUUCCACACCUGGUCCCGCUGGGUAGCUCUCGACAACCACAAACCCAGCUACCUCGCCUGCUACAACCUCACCGAUCCCGAUGCGAUCAACCAACCGCCGUACUCCGAUCUCGCCAACACCCGCAGCGAGCGCGAGACGUCCAUCCUCGCCCGCAUCGCCCUCCUCGACCGGCGUGGCUACUCCUCCCUCCCCGUCCCGAUUCCCCCAAAGCCGGACUACGACCCCCAUUCUCCGGGGCCGUUUAUCGCCGUCAUCUUCUCCCACGUCGCGCCCGACCACGAGGAGGAUCUGAACCGGUGGUAUGACGAGGAGCACGUCGCGGCGAUCGCGAAGACGCCGAGCUGGGUGCGCUCCACGCGCUUCGUCUACCGCGACGGCGGCGUUUUUGGCACAGACGACUCGCUUAAGCCCAAUGGCGAAGAGCCCGCCAAGUAUCUCGCCGUCCACGAGUUCAGCGCCGACGGCUUCGACCAGACGGAGGAGAUGAAGGCGGCGCUGUCGACGCCGUGGUCGCAAAGGAUCUUCGCGAGCGCGCUGUUGAUGGAGGUGCGGCAUUUCAAGCUUCUGCGGACGUGGAAGAGGGACUGA